AUGGCAGACAUUGUGGCCAGCAAGAAGCUGAGGAUAGGGUUCAUUCACCCAGAUCUUGGAAUUGGCGGAGCGGAGCGACUCGUUGUAGACGCCGCUGUCGCGUUGCAGCAGCUGGGCCACGAGGUCGUCAUGUUCACAUCGCGACACGACCCGGCAAGCCUGCACCCCCGGUUGCCCAUGACCAUUGUCUUCUCCAUCCUGCGCAACAUUCUUCUUACCUUCCUUUUGUGGUUCUCGCAGGUCCUCCCUUCCCCAGCGACACCACUUAACCCACUUUCCCCUCUGGGACGCUUCGACGUCUUUAUCGUGGACCAGCAGUCUGUCUGCGUCCCCUUCAUCCGCCUUCUCACUGGCACGCCAGUGGUCUUUUACUGCCACUUCCCCGACAAGCUCCUCAGUGGCGGCUGGGGCAUCACUGAGGACAGUGCCGCUGGCGGUGUGGACCUCUCGCGUCUCGGUGGCCAGAAGGGUGUCAGCUUGCUCAAGCGUGCCUACCGCUGGCCUAUUGACAAGCUCGAAGAGGUCACAACUGGUCAAUCGGAUGUCAUCCUUGCCAACUCAAAGUUCUCGUCUCGCGUCUACUCUGCUGCCUUUCCUUCUCUGGCAAAGAACCCACCACGAGUUGUUUACCCUUGUAUCGAUGUGGACGCGUACCAGGGCACCACCGCUCGUAAGGGCAAGGCCAAGGCCAAGGCUGGUGACGGCGUGGACCUUGUCGUCUCUGGCCGUCCAACUGUGGUGUCUUUUAACCGCUUUGAGGCAAAGAAGAAUGUUGCGCUCGCCAUCGAGUCGUUUGCCAGGAUCAAGGACGGUGGGCUGGUCCCGGCCGACGUUGCACGUGCGCUCCGCCUCGUCAUCGGAGGCGGCUACGACGACUCGAUGGACGACAACGUCGACACCCUGGAGGCCAACAAGGCCGUGUGUGACAAGCUCGGCCUCACCUACCACAUCCUCACCUCGCCCACCGCAGCUGCGCCAGCCGAGGACGUCGACGUCCUGUUCAUCUUGAACUUUACGACCGAGCAGCGUUCGGCCCUCCUUCUCUCUCCCCACACCCUCGCGCUCUUGUACACGCCCACGAACGAGCACUUUGGUAUCGUCCCCAUCGAGGCAAUGGCGUGCGGUCUCCCCGUUCUGGCGUGCAACACCGGCGGCCCCACCGAGACAGUUGUCGACUUUGAGGACGACACAGGUAAUGGCACGGGUUUCCUCCGCUCGCCCACGGCGGACGAAUGGGCACCGGCCCUCGCCUCGCUCAUCAACGUUUCGGACCAGCAGCGUGCCAAGGUGGCCGAGGCGGCGAAGAAGCGCGUGCGGGACCAUUUCAGCUCCAAGACGCUCGGCCGUGAACUCGAAGUGGCGUGCCGCGACGCCGUCAGGCUCGGCGAACCCCAACAGUCCAUGGGAGACAAACUCAUCAAGUAUAGCCUUACCCUCAUCAUGCUCUCCCUCGGCGGACUCGUGCUCGCCGCCAAGUUGGGCAGCAAAGGAGGGCAGUAG